AUGAACAGCGCCGGCCCCCACGUGAGCCGCGAGUUCUUCGAUUUGAUUAAAUUUAUAGGCGAGGCGAGAUCCAAGCAGGAGGAGGAUAGAAUCAUACAAAAUGAAAUUGUUUUGCUUAAGCAGCGAAUGAACCAACCGAGGGUUUCUACUCGGAAGAUGCAGGAGUUUGUGACUCGGUGUAUAUACAUUGAGCUGCUGUGUGAAGCGAGGCGGAAGAUGCAGGAGUUUGUGAUUCGGUGUAUAUACAUUGAGCUGCUGGGCCACAGCGCCUCGUUCGCUCACAUACACGCCGGUAUUUGGCCUGCAACUUGUUUUUGCAUAGAGACCAUGAGCUGA